UUACAGAAUCAGAGCUUGUCUGACUUCGCUGCACCAGCUCAUGAUGAUAAGAAGCCAAGAAGAACAAGUAGGAUCAACAGAUCAGUGCCACAAUGGAAUCUCCAUGGAAAUGUUCCUGCACUUUUCACUGAUUCCAGCUGUGCUGAUUGCAGGAGUGCUGUCGUUCCUACAAAGACGUGCCCAGAGACUGGCCAUCGAUCACAGAUGGCCUUUCCUGGGAAGACGAUUUGCUAUUGUUGUGCCUUUGGAUACUAUCAGCAGUCUCAGUAAUCGCUGGUCCUAUGGGUUUGCAUUUGGUGCUGUGUCGUCGAAUGUCUUGCUGCUAUUUUCCGAACGCUAUAUCCCCUUCACCGUACCAACCUGGGCAAGAGCGAUACUGUACCUGAUUGGAGCUUUAGAGGUGGGCCUGGCCUAUUUUCCAUUCUUUUCCUGUCUGUCUACACCAUUCAGAACAGCUGGGUCUCUGCUGGGAAUGUUGUACUCUCUUUCCUGGAUCAUUGUUACAGUCUGGGAUACAGUCACCUGUCCUGGUGGUAAGGUUUUGGGUAAAUAUCAGAAGGUGAUUGUCCAAUGGCCCUGCAUCCUCUCCCUGCUCUUUCUCUUUGGACGAUUUAUCUAUAUGCUGGUCAAAGCUGUGAGAAUACACAUGCAACUGGAAAAUGAGGUCCAUGAUGAGCUGAUGCACGAACAUCAUGUAGAGCAUGUAAAGGAGCUGCUGAGAAAGCCACCUGCACACAGGAAACCACUCAGCUGGUUUCAGAGGAAAGUGUAUGAAUGGGAUCCCUACUUCAAGUUCCCCAACAGGAUCAUCGGCACAGUCAUUGUCUCUCUCAUUGGCCUUUAUACGAUUACUCUGGCAGACUACAGUCUCAGCGAUGCCACCUUUGACCAGCUAGGAAACUGGACAAACAUACUAAAACGUCUGGUUGACUCUUGUAAUGAGACUGAAGUUUUGGAACCCGUGAUACCACAGCUGGAGGAAUUCAUCAACGUGGCCCGCAAGUCCUGGUUAACCACCACUAUCUUUGCCAGUCUCAACUCUGUUGCUUACACCUUCCACGUCAUGGCGUGUUACAGGAAACACUUGAAGAGACUGUGGAAAGGACAAAAGGGUUUCCUUCCUGAGAGGUUUCACAACCCGCAGUCUGCUAUGAGUGUGGCUGCUAUUACAAGAUAUUCUGGAUGGCAAAUAGCUUUUACAUUGUGGGGCUACUUGAUCGUCCAUUUUGUUUACUUCGUGUUUGCAUUGCUGUUUGUCUACGGGCUGGUUCUUCCCAUAAAGCACGGCAAAGCAUUGAGCAUGCUCACUCAGCUGGGAAUAAUACUUCUCACCAUAGGAAUAGUUAUUGCCCUGGUGAUCCUACAAGUGGUUUUGGUCCAGGUCUUCUUCCUGCAGGACAAAAUGUCUCCCACUGAUAAACAGAAGCCCCUGGCACUCAACAACAGGAAAGCCUUCCACUGCUUCAACUACUUCUUCUUCUUCUACAAUGUGAUUAUGGGGAUUAGUACCUGCAUCCUGAGGCUGCUAUUCAGCAUCGUGGUGGGAACAUGGCUGGUGUCGCGCAUAGACCGCACCAUCAUGCAGAGAGGAUAUGAGGGCCUGGAUGCAGGCUACAAUACAUGGAUUGGGAUGAUAUUUGCCGACCACUACCAUAACAAUCCUGUCAUGAUUUGUUUCUGCCAACGGCUAGUUUCCAACAUGGCAGAGAGACACAGCAUUUCUGCAUACACAACAUUCAGCAACAAACAAUCUGAAUCUCAUAUGAACACCAGGGCCAGGAGGCGCUGGGCACUCCUUUACACCUUGCUGAGGAACCCUCAUUUGAUCCUGCUCAGAAAGCAGAACAUCUCCAUAUCUUUAUCCCUACCAACAUCUUCAGCCUACCAGUCAGACCACACAGCGGUGCAGGCAUGCAUCCAAGCCUCAUUAACUCACAGGCAGAACACAGCGUUGCAGUCAUUGCCGAAGAUCACCAUCACAUUGGCAGAGGACAGUUAAACAAAACAAUUUCUUUGAUUCUGGUCAUAUUAAAAAUAUUCCGUCGGUUUGAAUCUAAAUGGGCUUACAUGAUCUUUUGUGUUCCAUCUGCAUGUUCCUGGAGGUACUGUGGCACUUUCAGCAGAGUGAUCUGCUGACAAGGUUCUCUUUCCACCGAGUGUUAGAUUAUCUACUCUUACUGGUUCUCAAAAUCCACUUUAAUUAUC